UCGCGGCCUUGCUCGUAUCUCAAGUCCUCCAACAUAGUUCCAAUCCCGGCGGGUAACUUUUUAUCAGUAUAAUAAAAUUUCUGAAAUCCCAUUUUCCCGCCAUGGCUCACAGAUAGCUUGAACUUAUUUGGCACUUCUAUGACCUUUUCUAUACUUUACUCUUUCGACCAAAUCUAGCGACCGGAAACGUUGUUGACAUGGCACACAAGGAAUCCGUUUCUCUGAUUCCUUCGCCGCCACCGAUCUCCAUCGGAAAUUGUCAGGUGCAGGUCGAAGCUAAGAGCUUUGAAUCCGAGUGGACGGAAAACAACCUCCAAAUCACGUUCGCUAAAGAUGCCAAUCUCAAAAUUUCAGUCAUGGAGAACUGGAAUGGAAAAGUGACGCAGUGUGGCCAUCAGGAGUAUGGGGACGAGGAAAAUGGAAAUUACUCUUUUCAACUGGUUAAUCCAAACGAGAGAGAUUGUAUAACCAGGAGUUUAGUUCAGGAAGUGCUAAACAUUUAUGCUAAGGAACUUCCGGCAAUGAAAUAUGCUGCAAACACAGGAAAACACUCAUUGUUCCUUGAUAAAUGUGUAUCGAGUGGGAAGUACUAUACAUUAGUCUUGAAAUUUAAGGACAGUCUAAACCAUGGAGAGGUCAUUGCCGCAACUACGUAUCAGAUAAUAUCUGCUGACACCCUGUAUGCUGAGAUUCCUCUGGCAGCUGUUAGAUCUCAAUAUCAACAAAAGGGGAUAGGCCACUUAUUAUACAUGGAACUGAGAAGGAGAUUGCAGAAUGUAGGAAUAAGGACAGUUCUUUGUUGGGGAGACAAGGAGUCUGAAGGAUUCUGGCUUAAACAGGGGUUCAUAGUAAUUGGUCAGGUAGAUGCAAAAGGCAAAGCUCGAAGGCUUCCUAUUAGGCCAAAUAUUCGCAGAAUGUUGUGCUUUCCCGGUGGCUCAUCUCUCAUGGUUUCUUAUCUUAACAAUGAAAGUCCAAUAAAUCCACCAGAGCGUCCUGUGAUAAAUCUACCAGAGAAGAACUAUUCAUCUUAUAUCACUCAGAAACAAGACUAUCGGGUACCCGAAGGGAACCACCCUUCCAAGGAAGCGCUAAAUCAUAAUAUCAGAUCAGACAUGACACCGCAUUACGAUCCAGACAUGAUGGAGACUGUAAAUGACAGUGAUAGUGAAGGAGCAAAUGAAUCUGAACUUGAACCUUGUCUGAAGCAAUAUUCAUUUGUGGCACCGGGAACAAAUAAAAGGACAUGGGAAUCCUCAUUCACCUCUUUGAACUCAAAAAAAGUAAAGGGAGGCUAUCAAACUGAAUGCCACUUAGAUUCUAACAGCUUUCUUCUAGAAAGAAACAAAAUUACCAGUAUGCAUAAAACCUGUGAUUCACCAACAGAGCCUGAUGAAGUGGACAAUUGCCCAAAAGACCCUCUAACACGCAGCUCCAAGUAUUAUUAUGAACACAAAGCACUUGGUGUGACUUCCGAAAGGUAUAGCAGCGAAGGAAUUCCUUCAUUGGGAAAAGACUUCAGAAUUAUACUAAUGAAUAUAGCUGAUGACAAUAAGAAGACGAUUUUAACUAAGAUUAUUGAAAGCCUUGGUGGAGAUGUAACAUCUGAUGGAAGUAUAUGUACACAUGUGGUGACUGGAAGAGUGAGGAAAACACUGAAUUUCUGCAAAGCUUUAUGCUCAGGGUCCUGGAUAGUAUCGUCCAGUUGGUUAAAGGAAAGCUAUCGGAAUGGCAGAUUUGUUGAUGAAAUGCCUUUCAUUUUAAAGGAUGAAGACUAUGAAGUAAAGUAUGGGAUCGAACUUAAAGAGGCAGUUUUUAGGACUAGGGUGCACCCCCACAGUUUACUUGAUGGUUAUGACAUAUGCCUAGCAGCUCACGUUCAACCUCCAGCCAGUAUGUUGUCCUCAAUUGUAAAAUCUGCAGGAGGAAAUAUUUUAGGCGGGCUGGACAAGGUGAAAGAUGUGAAUAGAACUAUAUUUGUGGCGUGUGAGGAGGAUAUAGACGAAGCACUGUUAGCGGCACAGAAAGGGAUACGCUGUUUCAGUAGUGAGGGGUUCAUGAACUGCAUCAUGAAACAGCAACUUGACCUUGGAGCCUCUCAAUUUGCAGUGAGCCUCUAAUUCGAUGUCCCAUGCUACAAUUUAUAUUUGUAUUUACUACGUCGUUGCCCCAUUAACACAAAGUCUUUUGUAAUCUUUGAACUUAUUUUGUGGGGGAAUUGGUCCCAAAAAUUUAGAGUAGUGUGCCCUACAGAAAUGCCAGCUUCCCAUGAGCUAUGUGAGCUGGUUUAGGAUCUAUG